UUUUAUGCAUACGCAGUUGCCAACGGAGAACUAUCAGAAAGCUUUACAUGAAUGAAUUUCCUAACAACCAAGUGUUGGGGGUCGGCAGUUACGGCCAUGUGUACAAGUUUUCAAACGACUGGGCAUUGAAAGUACCGGUAGACAUUGACAGGGCUCAAGCAUUUGUAAAGGAGAUCGGUCUUCUAAGAGAGCUCAAAAGCGAUUUCAUUUUGAGUUUGCACCAUUCAUUCGAGGUAAAGCCUGGCUUACCUGUUGUUUUGACAGAACUUUGCCCACUCGACCUCCAGCGUCUGACCGAUUAUCACGGGAUUUUAGAGUCAAGGGCUGUCAAGUUUGUCACGGUGUCGGUCUGUAUAGCCCUGCAGUUCAUGAGGAAUAAAAGACUCAUUCACUUUGACAUUAAGCUGAAUAAUAUCCUGAUUAACCGGAAUGGCAUCCCCAAAGUGUGUGAUUUGGGGUCCGCCCACCGCUGUGACGAGAGCGGAGAGAGUAGCUGGGGACCGAGGAUGGUAGCUUACACCAUCACCAAGAACCUCGCCCCGGAAAUUCUCAUGCGCACUUCCGCGUCCGUUCAGGCGGAUUACUUUGCUCUGGGUGUGAUGAUCUUCGAGUUGUACGUUGGAAGACAUCCUCUCUGGUACAACGAGCCACACGGCAGAGCAGCCAUCAAAGUGAAAAUCCUGGCUGGAAAUAUCCUCCAUGCCGACUAUGCAGAACCGGCAUUCCGGGAGUUUGCUGAGAACUUGAUCUGUGAUAAAGUCAACAGAGUGCAAGACGUGAAUGGCAUAUUGUGCCUUCGGAAUCUUUCCUGAAAGACAUGGAGAGGAUAAGGUACCCUCCAGCUACGGCGCACCGCCAAACUCACAUUACCACACAGGACGC